AUGUCGUACCGAGUUUGGUGCGAGCGGUCAGACGUGGUCACAGGUAUUGUGGCUAUGGGACAAACUUUUUUCGAACCCGCUGUGGGCCACAAUUCGAAGGACGAUGAUCUUGCUGGGCAGACCAACACGCAGUUUGCACUUCAGAGGUUCGCUGCCGCGAGGAGUGCGGGAGAUGGGUGCGCCCCAGCAGACAACCGCCCCCACUAUGCCGUGGUCGGGGCGACGGACAUCUUUUACGGAGAAAGUGGCGGCGUUUACUCGGGCAAGGCGCUUUGGGAGUUCAUGUCCACCGAAGUCCUCGGUUGCACUGGUAGCCUCACAGGGUCAGACGGGAUAACCGUCACCGGGGAUGCGUCGACUUGUUUCGAAUACCCAUCUUGCGCAGGCAUGAUUGCCAGCUUGAACAGGUAUUGCACGGUGCCUGGCAGAGGACACGUAACUGGAGACUGGUCAGCGACAUUGGCAACAGCAUUUGCUGACUUCUAUGGAGCGUCGCCCCCGACUCCAGCGCCGCCCCCGACUCCAGCGCCACCCCCAACUCCAUUGCCGCCCCCAACUCCGGCUCCCACGCAGGCUCCUACCGCUACUCCAUCGCCCACGCCGACGACGGCAUCUUCGACCACGUUGGCACGAGGCAUUUUCGGCAUCGUACUUGGAGCACUUCACGCCGCCGCCCUGACGGCUUCCUAA